AUGUGUGAUAGGCAGUCACGAAUUGGCGUUGACAUUUUUUAUUCCAAACCAUUAUUCUUUAUCUUUCUCCAAGAGUGCAAGAAAGAAGUUGUCUCUCACCUUUAUCCGAAUCAGGCUAUUACGGAGCUUCCAGGUGAUCCCCUUGUAGAUUCCAUCAAUGAGAACUUGGAAGCUUUGUCUUCUCUUUCAUUCGACUGUUGUAUCUACAAGGUACCUGAUAGGCUGCGAAGAUUGAACCCUGAUGCGUAUUCGCCUCGGGUUGUAUCCAUUGGGCCUUUACAUCACGGUAAAGAAGAACUUCAAGCCAUGGAAGAUCAUAAGCUGAGGUAUCUGCAGAGUUUUAUUCCUAGAACAGGCUUAACUUUGGAGGAUCUGGUCAGAGUUGCAAGGACAUGGGAAGAAAAGGCUCGUUCCUGUUACGCUGAUGAUAUAAGACUUACUAGCAACCAAUUUGUGAAGAUGUUAGUCAUUGAUGCAAGCUUCCUAGUUGAACUUCUUUUAAGGUCUAAUAGAGGUAUGAGGGAUAGGAUAUAUGGGAAGCAAAGGAUGAUUAUCGAUGUGAACCACGACAUUAUGUUACUUGAAAAUCAGCUUCCAUAUUUUACUGUGGAGGGGAUGUUUGGAUUGCUACAUCGACAUGGACUUGUCCCUCUUACUCGAAUCAUUCACAACCACUUCAAGUACUUCUGGAUGAGCAUCCCUUCAUGUUCAAGAAGCAUUUCUGAUUCAGAGACCUGCCAUUUUGUUGACCUUCUGAGAUCUAUUCACCUGCCUUCUGUUUUGAGUUUUCCAGGAGGAAGCAUGAGGACGAUGGAUUCUACACUGAGUGCAAAAGAGAUCCGUAAUGCAGGCGUGAAGCUCAAGCCUGCUGACAACAACACCUGCUCACUCGACAUAAGCUUUGCCAACGGAGUCCUCACAAUUCCCAAAAUCAAGAUCAACGACAUCACGGAAGCUCUCUACAGAAACAUCAUCGUGUUUGAGCAAUGCCAUCGUUUAGAUGCUUACUUCAUCCACUACAUGAGGUUCCUCAGUUGCUUUGUAAGAUCCCCCAUGGAUGCUGAAUUGUUCAUCGAGCAGGGGAUCAUCGUGAACAGACGUGGAAAUGCAGAAGACGUUUCGAAGCUGUUCAAUAGCAUAUUGAAGGAGACGAGUUACAGCGGAUUUUACUAUCAGGCAGUCUAUGAGGAUCUGCAGGCGUAUUGCAACAUGCCUUGGAACAAGUGGAAAGCAACUCUGAGACGUGAUUAUUUCCAUAAUCCUUGGUCUGCUGCUUCUGUUGUUGCUGCUAUUGUUCUUCUCCUUCUUACUUUCAUUCAGGCUCUAUGCUCUAUAUUAGCCUUGUGACUUGUGCCCAAAGUGAGUGAAAAUCAAAUGUGUUGAG